UAUUGUCUGGUGACGGGGUUGUGUUUCGGGCCAUCCCCGCAGCGUUUUGAUCCUAAUGUGGAUCACCGUGUUGGGAAGCAGAGUCUAUGGCACCGAGUUUUUAAAGGCAAGAAGAUGGAAGUGAAGGAUCUGCGAAAGCGGUUCGUUAACCGCAGUAUGGGCAAUAUUGCCGAGGAUUAUUUGAGGGUGGGCAAUAUUCUCGUGGCGUAUGAUCUCGUCUUCUGUCGGGAUUAUAAACACGUGCACGAUUGGGUGUGGGCACUGGUAGAGGAAGAUCAGAAAUGGUCCGACUUCCCGUGGGGCUCUUACUCAUUCCAGAUUUUGUGUCAUGGGAUGAGUGUGUUGAAGAAGCAUCCCAACGAGAUUACCGGUAAUAGGAAGACGUACCACUUCUAUGGGCCCAUAUGGGCAUUACAGAUUUGGUCGUACGAGGCCAUUCCGAGGUUGGGCCGCGCGUGUGGGAUGCGUGACCCGAGGUUGCAGAUGCCACGAUUGGUGAACUGGACGACUUGGAAGUCGGCUUCUGACUUCACCCACUUUUUUGAUGCUCAUGAGGCCGAGUGUCACCGGACACUCGAACCGGUCGAGGAGGAGAAUGAUUCAUGGUAUUUGCAGACCCUGAGGCAUCCAGAGCCUUUUUCUGUACGAUACCAUCCUGGAGGGAAAUAUGCCGGCUUGACAGAGCCAGUUGUACCGGAGCCGCCUCCUCCUGUUAGGCCUCCCCCUGUGCAGAGGAGUAUCUCACGAGCAGAGAUGACUCGUGAGAAGCAGCCUGUCCCUGUCCCGAGGAGUAGCUCACGAGCAGAGAGGGCUCGUGAGAAGCAGCCUGUCCAUGUUGAGCAGCAUUCGACGUCAUGA